AUGAUUGGACCCCACAUUCCGAAGGAGCUCAGGGAACAAAGGAAGAAACAGAAGGAAGCUGAGAAGACACAACCAGAACCUUCCGAAGAUAUCUCUUCCGAUGAUGACAUAGACGGACCCCAACUAGGGCCUCCAGUGCCCCAAGUACCGUCUCUACAAGAGGAAAAGCACCAAGAUGGCAAGAAGUCGGACAGUGAAGUCGCAAAGAAGCCCACUCUACUCGAGCUACAUCAGAAGAAGCUCAAGGAAUCGGGAAUAUCUGAUAAGAAUAGAAUACACAAAUUUGACCAUAAACAGGGCCUCAAUGAUGAGGUCAAGAAGGAGAUAUUGAGGAAUGUCAACGCCAAGGGAUUGAGCAGAUUCACCACGGGGUCUAAGUGA